AUGGGUUACUCUUCAGGCAUUGCAGUUUGUAAUGCCCUAAUCGACAUGUAUGGAAAAUGCAAAUCCUUUCUCGAUGCUCUUGAUAUCUUUGAAGGAAUGGAGAUUAAAGAUAUAUAUUCAUGGAAUUCAAUAAUCGGUGUUCAUCAACAAUCCAUCACUUUCACAACUGUCCUCCCUGCAUGCUCUCAUUUAGCAGCAUUAAGACAUGGUAAGCAGAUUCAUGGGUACAUGAUAACAAAGAAUUCAGGGAAAGAAGAUGAUACUCGCAUCAACAACGCCCUCAUGGACAUGUAUGGAAAAUGUGGAAGUAUGGAAGAAGCCCAAAUGAUUUUCAACCACAUGGAUGGUAAAGAUUCGGCUUCUUGGAACAUCAUAAUCAAUAGUUAUGCAAUGCACGGGUUUGGCCACGAGGCAUUAGACAUGUUUCAUAAAAUGUGUGAAACAGAUUUGAAACCCGACGAGGUGACAUUCGUCGGGGUUCUUUCAGCCUGCUGUCAUGCAGGCCUACUGAAUCAAGGGCGAGAAUUUCUCGCCCAAAUGGAGCUGAAAUACAAGAUAGUGCCGACAGUCGAGCACUAUACCUGUGUAAUCGACAUGCUUGGUCGAGCAGGACUGCUCGACCAAGCAUACGAACUGCUAUCCGCCAUGCCCGUCAGACCAAACUCAAUCGUCUGGCGAGCAUUUCUAGCAGCAUGCCACCUCCAUGGAGAUGCAAAACUUGCAGAAAUUGCUGCGAGAAAUGUUAUUAAUCUUGAACCGGAGCAUUGUGGGAGCUAUGUUUUGAUGUCUAAUGUGUAUGGUACAAUGGGUAGAUAUGAGGAGGUGUCUGAUGUGAGAUUUAAUAUGAGACAACAAAAUGUGAAGAAAACACCAGGGUGUAGUUGGAUUGAGUUUGGAGAUGGGGUGCAUGUUUUUGGGAGUCGUGAUCGAGUCCAUUUUGAUGAAGAAUUAAUUUAUAGCGAGCUUGGUUCGUUGUAUGCGACCAUGGGUCUAUGCAAGGCGGCUUGA